AUGUCGGGUCAGAUACUUAUCAAUCCGGACACAAUAACGAUUCAUGAUCACCUUGAAGUCACUCUAAAUGAUGGAAAAAUAGUAUAUAGAGACCCUCGAAGAUUUGGGUAUAUGGGUAUGAUGCUCACUUCAAAAAUCAAGGAUUCUCCUUGGUUCAAGGAACUAGGAAUAGAACCUCUAUCAAAUGAAUUUGAGGGACACUAUUUACAGAAACAACUUCAAAAUAGAAAAGCCCCCAUUAAGAAUUUGCUUCUUAUGCAAAAUAUUGUAGCUGGUUUGGGCAAUAUUUACGUAUGUGAAUCUUUAUUUGAAGCAG